AAGUCAGAUCGGUGUUCUCACUUCUCCUACACGUUCUUCAAAUCUUGUCAUUGUUUUCUUUUCUUUUUUUUUUCAAUUCUUUCGAGACUACACUUCUUCCAGGAACGUUGGAGCUCUAAAGGCUUCGACUUUUCUUGAUUUGAUCGUUAAUGGAGACCGGAAAACCCAACAAAACUCCGGCUAAGAAGGUCGGAGCCACCACCACGACGAUGGAAGACGUGUUGGCGGCAUUACACGAGACCAAGGAAGAGAGAGACCUCAGGAUUCGCACUCUGUUCGAAUUCUUCGACAGUUCCAAGUUAGGUUUCUUAGACGACGCCCACAUCGAGAAAGGUCUGACUUCGCUACGUAUCCCUCCAAAGUACAAGUACGCUAGAGAUUUGCUUAGAGUCUGCGACGCGAAUCGAGAUGGGCGCGUUGAUUACGAGGAGUUUCGUCGCUACAUGGACGCUAAGGAGCUCGAGCUCUACAUUAUCUUCCGAGCCAUUGAUGUCGAACGCAACGACGACAUUUGUCCCGAGGAGCUCUCCCUGGCUCUCCUUAAGGCUGGAAUUGAAAUAGAAGAUAAGGAACUGGCUUCUUUAAUGGAGCAUGUUGAUAAGGACAAGAACGGAACUAUAACUUUCCAAGAGUGGAGGGACUUUCUUCUCCUACACCCACAUGAAGCCACUGUUGAGAACAUUUACCAUCACUGGGAAAGAGUUUGCUUAAUUGACAUCGGGGAGCAGCCUGUCAUACCUGACGGUAUAAGCAAACACGCUCAAAGAAGCAAACUACUCCUCGCCGGAGGACUCGCCGGAGCUGUUUCCAGAACCGCAACCGCGCCUCUAGACCGUCUUAAAGUUGCUUUGCAAGUCCAGAGAACAAAUUCAGGAGUUGUCCCGACCGUUAAGAAAAUAUGGAGGGAAGACAAGCUGAAGGGUUUCUUCAGAGGUAACGGUCUGAACGUGACGAAAGUGGCUCCUGAAAGCGCCAUCAAGUUUGCUGCUUACGAGAUGCUGAAGCCCAUAAUCGGUGGAGGGGAUGGUGAGAUUGGCACAAAGGGGAGGCUAUUGGCUGGUGGGUUGGCUGGUGCAGUGGCUCAGACCGCUAUCUACCCUAUGGAUCUUGUGAAGACUAGGUUACAGACUUGUGUGAGUGAGCUUGGGAAGACGCCGAAUCUGUUGAAACUCACCAAGGAGAUUUGGGUUCAAGAAGGACCCCGAGCGUUUUACAAGGGUCUUUAUCCUUCUCUUCUUGGGAUUAUACCUUACGCUGGGAUCGACCUUGCUGCUUACGAAACUCUCAAAGACUUAUCAAGGACAUACGUUCAUAUAGACGAGCCGGGUCCUCUCGUGCAACUCGGAUGUGGGAUGACCUCAGGAGCUCUUGGAGCAUCGUGUGUUUACCCGUUGCAAGUCGUACGAACAAGAAUGCAAGCGGAUAGCUUAAAGACUAGCAUGAGCCAAGAGUUUAUGAAGACGCUAAAAGGCGAAGGUGUAAGAGGCUUUUACAGAGGAAUCUUCCCCAAUCUUUUCAAAGUCAUCCCUUCCGCUAGAAUCUCCUACCUUGUUUACGAAGCUAUGAAGAAAAAUCUAGCCCUUGAUUAAAAGAAGCUUCUUUUUUUUUGGGUAAUAAUAGUGUUAAGCUCAUUUGAUGAUGGCGAAAGAAAAAAAACUUUUAGCUUUCGGUUGUAGAAAAUGUAAACAAGAGAUCUGAUUGAUUCCUUCUCCUUUUUUAAAAAGAGAGAGCUUUUUUUUUUA